AUGCGCGCACUCGAGAUGGAUCUCGAUAUCGACUAUGCGAGCCCUUCGGUGACGGCGCAGGAGUUGGACGUCAAGUGCUAUGUAGUCCUGCGAGGUUAUACGCAUGGCGUGAUGGAUAAAUUAAACGCCAUCCUGGCCACUGCUGCGAUUUCCGGCUCUCUCGUCGUCAAGAUGCGGGACGAAAAUGCCGCGCAGCAGCGUUGGCGCGAAGCCCUGAUCGCUGGUAAUCAAGUGGCCGUCCUCGGCACCAGCAGCGCUGAAGAGGCACGGUCCAUCGCUAUCUUUCUAUCACAGAUUUAA